GGCAGUGAGGUCCAGGCGUCGAGCUCAUUUGCCGGGGGCAAGUUCGAUGCUUCGCUAGACGAGCGAGCCGAGCCAACCACGCUGCAUCGCUCGACGUUCCUUGCAACCGCACCUGCGCAUGACCACCCCCUCUCGCUCCCAGCCGAGCGCUGCGACACCCGCAACAGCUCGGAUGCAGCAGGCCAAGGUUGGGGCACCACGCUUGCCACGCCGCAGAGUUUCUCCAUGGGGUACCAGAUCUGGAAGCGUGCUCCUCCGCUUUCGCUCUCGGCACCACAGAUCUCCUUCAGACACGCCGAAGCCGCACUUUUCUCGCGUUUCGCCGGUCUACAGCUCCAGCUAAUCCUCGUCUCCAGCUCCUGCCGCUUCGAGCGUCCGGAGCUUGCCACAAUGGGUCGCAUCACCAACCCCUACGUGCUAACGGCACUCGCCUGCACUGGCGGUCUGCUCUUCGGAUUCGACAUUUCGAGCAUGAGCGCUAUCAUCUCGUCUCCAAACUACCUCACUUAUUUCGGACCUCAUGAUAAGACUGCCGAGUGCACCGAGCGGCCCGGAGCCCUUUGCAACAUCGGUCCCAGCCCCAGUGUACAGGGUGGCAUCACGGCUUCCAUGGCCGGAGGUUCCUUCAUCGCCUCGCUCUUCUCCGGCAUUGUGGCGGACCGCUUUGGUCGUCGUUCUGCAAUCUUCCUUGGCUGCAUCCUUUGGGUCAUUGGUUCCAUUCUCACCUGCGCCGUGCAGAACAUCGGCAUGCUCAUCGUAGGCCGUAUCUUCAACGGCAUGUGCGUUGGUCUCGCCUCGGCUCAGGUGCCCGUCUAUCUCUCCGAGCUCUCGCCCGCCCGCAUCCGUGGUCGCCUCGUCGGCUGCCAGCAGUGGGCCAUCACCUGGGGUAUUUGUAUCUUCUUUUUCAUCUGCUACGGCUGCUCCUUUAUUGGCAAGCAGAUCGACGGUCAGCAGGACGGAAGAGGUACUGCUUCGUUUCGCGUGCCCUGGGGUCUCCAGAUGAUUCCCGCGCUUGUUCUGAUGGCCCUGGUCCCCAUGAUGCCCGAGUCACCCCGAUGGCUCAUUACCAGGGGCCGCAACGCCGAGGCCCUCGAGAUCCUCGGCCAAGUUCACGCGAGCGGAGACCAGAAUUCACCCGAAGUCCAAGCCGAAUACAAAGAGAUCUGCCAGAACAUCGAGGAGAGCACCGGCGAAGGCUCUGGCUACAUUGACCUCUUCCGCAAUGGCAACGCGUGGAGAACCCACAUCGCCAUGUUCACUCAGAUCUGGUCGCAGCUUACUGGUAUGAACGUCAUGAUGUAUUAUCUCUCGUACGUUUUCGAGAUGGCCGGAAUCACUGGCAACAUCGCUCUGAUCUCCAACGGCAUCCAAUACGUCAUUAACGUCGUAAUGACCGUGCCGGCGCUUCUCUACAUCGACCGAUGGGGCCGCCGCCCGACGCUGCUCAUCGGCUCCACCCUCAUGACCAUCUGGCUCUUCGCUGUCGCCGGUCUCAUGGGCAACUACGGCCACCCAUUCCCCAACUCGGGAAACUCGGUAGUCCAAUGGCAGGUCACUGGACCCGCCUCCAAGGCCGUCAUCGCCUGCUCCUACCUCUUCGUGGCGAGUUUUGCACCAACAUGGGGUCCAGUAUCCUGGAUCUACGUUCCCGAGCUGUUUGGCAAUCGUCUGCGAGGCAAGAGCAACUCGGUGUCGACCGCGAGCAACUGGGCUUUCAACUUCGCCCUUGGCUACUUCGUUCCGCCCGCAUUCCACAACAUCAAAUGGAAAGCCUACAUUGUCUUUGGCUGCUUCACGGUUGCCAUGACGAUCCACGUCUUCUUUGCCUUCCCCGAGACCGCGGGCAAAACGCUCGAGGAGGUCGACGAGAUCUUCCAGUCUGGUGUCCCCGCCUGGAAGACGCGCAAGGGCUCGGGCGCUCUCGCUCGCGACAUCGAGGCCGUCAAGGUCGGCAACGCACCCGUCUUCACCCGCGAGGCCAGCACGCCCAGCGACUCGGCCGACGAGAAGGAGCUCAAGGCUUAA